CCUGCACUUCACUACAUGCUGUACGUGCUGUCAGUGUGGAUUCAGCACAGAAAUGAGUGUUUUUGCUGCGUCUCUUCAUGAAAUAAACACCUGACUUGAAGAAGACUGCUUGAAGAAAACGCGCUGAAGUGCCUGCUGUUGAUGUCUGCGACCGUGCUGUUUCAUCAUGUGGCAAAGCGCUGUCUUUAUGCCCACAUGCGCUGCAUUUCCCUCUUCAGAUCCCAACAUUUAUCAUCAAACGUGGAAAAUGGAGAGCAAAAGAGAGAAGAAGAAACAGAAAGCAUGUUGGUGUACAACCCCUCAGCUUACUACCAGAGACCAACGUCCCGUUCCUCCACCGUGGGCCGCUCAGAAACCGAAGAAAACUUGUCUCGUAAUCUCCCCUUAAACCCUGCAUUCCGUCAACAGCGUAGCCCGUACAGUAUUAGCGCCUUACGACGGCUCUCCAGCACUAAGAACGCACAAGCCGUUUCAACCCCAAAUGCCACCAAAGAGUCAAGCGUCAACAACGACCCACGAGCCUUUCAGAGAUGUCGGCCUGAAUACCGCAACAUGACCCAUGACCCAUCCCCACGCUCGUCUACUGUAGACCUCAACGAGGCCUUGUUAGUUCUUCAUAAAGUCACGGUGCAAAAAGGCAACAUGGGACCUUCAGAAGUAUCUAUAUUCUUGUCCAAACUUAGUCAGAUUCCCCAAGAACAAACCGCGGUCGUAAGAGGCGACAAACGAUUCAACAUGCUCCUGCGGUACAGUGUGGAAAUCCUGGAAAACUUCACGACGCCGCAGUUAUUGGAUGUACUAAGUGCCUUUGUAAACUUAGGUUUGCCUCAAUCCAAUAGCAUUCUGGGAUUGUACGAAACCGAGUUCUGUCGGCGAGCCAGCGAGAUGGAGCUUCACCAGUUGCUGCUGGCCGCCGACUGCUGGCGAUGCCUCGGUCGGGUUGUUCCUCAGUACCUCGAGAGGCUCUAUGACAAUGUGAGCCGAAACUUUAACCAGAUGGGUGUUCCAGAAUUGGUUCAACUCUUGUACAUAAUCGGGGAAGGCAGGAGAUGUCCGGAUACCCUCGUUCAACCCAUCGAGUCGUUACUUAUGCGUCAUCUGUACCAGUUGAAGCCUGAAGAGCUGAGCGCUGUUUGCUUGGGCCUCUUCAAAUCACAAUGUUCCCUGUCCGAGAGAGCGACCCGCCGGCUUAUGGACAGGGCGCUUGCUGUAGUUGAGGAUAUGAGUGAUUUUGCCAUUGUUAAUGUUAUGAAGCUUAUGCGAUUUAGCUAUCUAGACCAUCUCCCGUGGUUGGAGGCCAUGGGAUCGGAGGUUCCUCGUCGUGCACCAAAAAUGGAGGUUCAAGGCCUCAUGCAUGUCGUCUUGGCUUGCUCCGCUCUGCACUACCGGGAUGACCGGAUUCUCCUGGCUGUGGCUGAACGAUUACCCAGCGUGGCCAAUCGAUACCGGAGUAAAGAUGCUGCAAAGUUGCUGUGGGCCUUUGGGACUUUGGGAGUCCUUCCCAAACAAUGUCCCAACCUUUAUCCAUGUCUCACUGCGAUUUUACGAGAACGCCAAAUCGAGUUUCAGCAAUACCCUGAACAUUUGUUGACAGGUCUGCUUGGACUUGCUUUUGCUGGUCUGCUGCCCGAGGAUCUGCUCAGUUUGGCUUUAAGCGAAGAGUUUGUCAACAGAGCUUGUAAUUCCCAAGAGCUUGAAUUGAAAAAAGACUUAUUCACCUUAGAUGGAACUGUUGGCUUGGAGUUACCCAAGUCAACGGUCCCAAGACUUAGUCUUGCAAUUCGUGAAGAAGUAACCAAACUACUAUGGGAUUUCGCUCAAUCAGAUAUCUGCCAGAAGCCUGAGGUGCUCGAGGCUGAAGAUGUGUUGAGGAAUCUACUGGGUGGAGAGAUGUUUGUGCGCAAGCACAUGAUACUUCCACACUUGCGCUCGAUUGAUCUAGAAGUGCACUUAGAUCGAAAUGACCAGCCUGUUCCUGUAUCCUCCGGACCUUGCCAAGAAAAUCUCAGCUCUCAAAAUGUGGAUGCAAGGCUCUCCGGAGUUACCAUUACUGACGACCUACUAGCUCAACUAACUAAUACACGAAAGACUCCAGUGCAGGCAUCUAAUCAGUCCCUCACAAAGAUUCACAGAGCUGAAGCAGUCCGUGAAAGAGAAAGUAUUUUUAAUGUUGGUAUUGAUUUGACAGACGAUCUUCUGAUGGUGCUGACCAAAUCCCGUAAGCGUUCGCCUCACCUAGAUGAUUCUAAACCGUCGAUUCAGAGACUGGCUGUUCAAGUGACACAUAGGAAUCACUAUUGCUACCGGACUGAGCAGUUGCUUGGAUUACAUGCACUGAAGAGGAGACAGCUUGCGCUGGCCGGAUACAGAGUUGUAGAGUUGCCCCAUUGGGAAUGGUUUCCCUUGCUGCGACGCUCACAAUCGGAGAAACUGGCCUAUAUGCACUGCAAGAUAUUCAGCUGUUCUGACUCCAAAAAUUAGAUUAAUUGAAUUCUCUACAUAUUUAAACAACCAGGGUUUAUUCAACCUACGCUAACAUUUCUGCAGUGGCUAACGUUUGUUUUGAUGAAACGAUUAUGUGAUUGUAUUGUUGCACAAAGUCAAUAAAUGACAAAUUGUGCUUUACAGUGUUUAUCUAGUUUUGCUUUAUAUGAGUGUUUUUAUUUUGCUUUAUUCUUUGAUUUUGUCAUUAUUAAAGAUGAUUAGA